AUGGGCAAAAAAUCAAAGUCUUCGUCCAAGACGGAGGAGAAGACCAGCAAGUCCGCUGGCACUCUUCCCUUCGGUGGUGCAUCUCUGGACCCGACAUUGUCCUCGCUUUUUGCGCAAAGUGCUGGUCCUGUGCAAACCCCCGUGAUCAAAUAUGCUGAGCCCACCCAACGGGCGAAAAAGGACGAAGAAGAUGAUGCUGCUGAAGAGGAGGAAUCAUCUGCAUCAGGCGAUGAAGUUAUGGAGGAUGCUGCUGAAGAAAAUGAUUCUGAGGCUGCAAAGGAAGAAGAACAGACUACCGACGCACAGAACCGGAAACGCAAGCGAGGCAGUACCGGCGAGGAAGUCGAGGAGACAUAUAUGCGUCGCAUUGCAAAGGAGGAGAAGAAGGACGAGGAAAAGAGGAAGUCCGAGCAAGCUAAGCGCCAAAAGCAGACCGAACAAGAAGGUAGCGAAGAUGACGAAGAUGAGGAAGGCGAGGACUCCGAUAAUGCUUCAGCAUCAGAAGACAGCGAUGAGGAGACCGCUCCUGCGCCUGUGCACGAGAGCUUGACUGGCUCCGCUAAGACCGACGAAGUUGAGAAAUCCAACCGCACUGUCUUCCUAGGCAACGUCUCUUCCGAGACUAUCAGGUCUAAGACCGCCAAGAAGACACUUCUCAGGCACCUGGCCUCUUUCUGCUCGACGCUUCCUGAAUCCACCGGCCCGCACAAGGUCGAGUCGAUCCGUUUCCGCUCUGUUGCAUUCGCCAGCGGUGGUGGUAUUCCCAAGCGUGCUUCCUUCGCGAAGCGCGAGAUUCUCGAUGAGACUACUCCCAGCACCAACGCAUACGCUGUAUACACCACCCUCCUUGCCGCACGCAAGGCCCCCGCAGCCUUGAACGGCACCAUUGUUUUGGACCGUCACUUGCGAGUUGAUAGCCUUGCUCACCCGGCAGAAAUUGACCACAAGCGCUGUGUCUUUGUCGGCAACCUGUCUUUCAUUGAUAGUGAAACCCCCCAAGAGGACGAGAAGACCGGCAAGAAGAAGAAGGUUCGCGCUCCUGCCGAUGUUGAGGAGGGUCUAUGGCGGAUUUUCAAUGCCCACACUGGAGGCAAGGACAAGAAGGCCGUGAAGAAGAACGUCGAGUUCGUGCGCGUGAUCCGUGACAGCACCACUCGUGUUGGCAAAGGAUUUGCCUAUGUCCAGUUUUACGAUGGCAAUGGUGUUGAGGAGUCUCUUCCCCUCAAUGGAAAGAACUUCCCGCCCAUGCUCCCCCGCAAGCUGCGUGUCACUCGGGCCCGCAAGGUCGCUAAGAAGCGCGAACCCUCUGGUCCUGAGACUAAGAAGACUCGUGUCGACGAAGCCCAGAAGACGAUGCAAGGACGUGCCAACAGACUCCUAGGCCGAGCGGGUGCGGCUAAGGUGAAGGCCGAUGCCAACAGUACCAUUGCCGGCAACUCUUUCGUGUUUGAGGGUCACCGCGCUACCGAGGGAUCAUCCUCCAUCAAGAUGAAGCAGAAGAGCCGUGGCUCAAAGGCCAAACGAGAAAGUAGAAGCAGCAAGCGGGCUGCCGCAUACAAAGCUGCAGGUGGCAGACGGGGCUGA